AUGGAGUUGACAGAAUGGAGAAACUCUGCCCUUGAGGCUGCCUCUCAGUCUCUGUUUGACGAGAGCUCCACCCGCUCCCAAGACGCCAGUGUCCUAUUAGUCCUGCUCUCAUUCUUUUCCCCAUGCGAGAGAAUUCCCCUGGAACUAUUUACACGCGGGUCAACACCUCGAAAACGAUGGACGAUCGAGGGAGAAGUUGAACUUGUUGAUGCGACCAAAGUUGGCCUGGCCUCGUGGUUGAUCGACAUACUAGCAGAUGACCAACGACUUACACGAGCCUUUCGUGAACUAUGUCAAUUGGCAGCUGUUCUCAGAUACCCAGAUGAGACGUAUCAUUUGAACGAAGAUAUGUCAGCCAGAGUCCACCGAAGCCUUGCUCCAGAUGCGCUCCCGUUCUGGCGAGAACAGGCUUUGAUUGUGGCAUAUCGAGCCAUACCCUGGAAGUAUAUCGAGUUCCCAGAACCCGUGGUUAGAUCAUUCUUACCACAUCUACAUCAUGUUGCUGAGGCGUUCCACGACUGCUUUGAUGAGUUGCCUACAGCCACCAGAACCGAUUUCAUGCUCACGCUCAUCGAAGCUUUCCGGUUUCCAGACAUGGCAUGGAAGUAUUUCGCAAUUGGUCAGGCAGAAUUGGCUGCUGGACGCUUGAAGGAUACACACCUCCGGCUCUGCAUUGGCCAAACCAAAGCAGUCCUGGGACGCCUCAGUGGAAACAUGGAUGAAGCGACAGGAAGUCUUCAGGACUUCGUAGUUAACGACCCGGCGGCCGCUGUAAAUAAGCGCAUAAGCUGUGAGGUUGGGGUCGCUAUUAUCCAACGUUCCCUAAACUCAAUCCAAGUGGCGGAUCUGUCGACUGCGCAGAAGCUAUUGGAGGAUUGGAACCCGCUCGGCGAUGAGCCUUCGCCUCUGGAAGAGAUCCUCAGUUUCCGCAAACACUCACUGUUGGGAAGAGUCAAGCGACUACAGGGCAAUUUCGAUGAAUCUCUAAAGUUGCUAGAGAUAGCACACGAAGUGUCGCAGAAACCGAGUCAGCUCGUCUUUGAUGAGGAUCUCCGGGAUCUGACAUGCGAUUUAGCCGAUGCUUUGAGAGAACUUGACGAGCCUAUGAUAGGUGAAGGAUAUCUUCGUACUGAGAUCAUACGGCGUACCGAGAGGCCCGACCCUUUGACUGGCAAAUCACUUCUUGAAUUGGCUUUGUCAGAGGCUCUUUUCGCCCAGGAACGCUACGAAGAGGCAGAAAAGAUAUGCGUCGACAUCGAGUCUCGGGCUAGUCUUCUGAAGUAUGAAAGACUGCGAGUAUACGUCAUCUUGGCAAAGCUGUCGCACAUCAGAUCGGAUUUUGAAGUCGCAUUAUCUCGAUGGAGCGAGGCGAUGCAGGCACUUCAGGAGUUUUCCUUGGUGGAUGGACAGGUACAGACUAUUAUUUCGGCGUCAAUGGCUGAUGUGUUGGAUGCCCAAGGUCACAAUUGGUUGACGCGUGAGUCUCCUCGCAGGGCGUCACUGAAUGAGUUGGCAAAACCAGAAGGCGUUCCGCACUGGAUUGCUGGUUUUCGACAAUGGGUAGAUUAUUUGCAAUCUCGGGGUCGACAGGAUUUAUAG